GGUAAAACCGAUCAAUUAUCAAUAGCACAACAAACCAUAUAAUAUGUUCGGAAAGGUUCUUCAAAGCAGCUUAAAGCAACAGACCCGCCACUUUGCUUCGACCAGCGCUGUGUUCAAGCCAGCUGCUGCUGUUGGUGGAUACUUCACCACUGGUGGAUCUAGUCACUCCGUAUGGCCAAAGGGAUUCCGUCAACCAAAGCCAAAGACUUGGGAAGAAUCUGGUGAAAGUGCCCUUUCCAAGGCAACCAAGUUUUUUUUCUUGAAUGAAGUUGCCAGAGGUAUGUACAUUUGUAUGGAAAUGUACUUCAGAAACCCAUACACCAUUUACUAUCCAUUUGAAAAGGGUCCAAUUUCUCCUAGAUUUAGAGGUGAACACGCAUUGAGAAGAUACCCAAGUGGUGAAGAAAGAUGUAUUGCCUGUAAGCUUUGUGAAGCUAUUUGUCCAGCACAAGCCAUCACCAUUGAAGCUGAAGAAAGAAUCGAUGGAUCUAGAAGAACCUACAAGUAUGACAUUGAUAUGACCAAGUGUAUCUACUGUGGAUACUGUCAAGAAUCCUGUCCUGUUGACGCCAUUGUGGAAAGUCCUAACGUUGAAUACACCACUGAAACUAGAGAAGAAUUGUUGUACAACAAGGAAAAAUUGUUGGACAAUGGUGACAAGUGGGAACAAGAAUUGCAAUACUGUUUGGAUGCUGAUGCUCCUUACCGUUAAGUAGACCAGAGCCUAAAGAUGAAGGUGGACGUCGAUUCUACAUACAUCCAGUUCGUAUAGUGGUAGAGAUUGAGGGGAAUGAUGAUAACAAAUGCACAAAAACAAAAUAAUAAAAAAAAAAAAUAUUUAUAUAACAACAAGUUUGUGAAUUUUGUCAUUUCUUCCACUAUGAUUGAAACCACGACUAUCCUUCUAUCUGAAGCUGAUUCUUUUAACACCAUACAUCACUUACAACCCUUCUUUCAUUUAAUCGCGCCUUUAGAGCGCACUACCAAUGUCUCACCAACCGUACAAUAUUAGACACAUUUCUCCAACAACCAACCAAGGGAGUCUUCCUUCAUCGGGAA